CAGCGAUUAAACCCUCGCUUCUUCUUAUAUAUCAGCCCCCAAAACAAAUCAAUAGAUUUCAUCUCAGGAGAGGGCUGAAUUCGCGGACGCACCGUUGGAUCGGCAACAAGCUGCAAGAUCUUUACUUGCAUUAGACACAGACAGCGAAGACGAUUGCUGCCACAGAGCAGGAGGCUGGGAUUUAGUCCACGGCAGGCUGCGGGCAUCAUCGGAGUCCCCAGAUUUCGGAAAACGGUGUCCGUAACGUUGCUCAGAAUUGGAAACGGAUUGGUACAGCGCUGCCCAGAGGCUCUGAAAGCGUCCGAAACCCCAAGCUUCUCUAAUGGCAGACAAUUAUGGCUCACCCGACAGCAGCCCUCGCUCGGACAACGAAUCGGGCGGGCAUGUUGGGGGGCAUAAUGACUAUUCGAUCAAAGAGCAGGACCGUUUCUUGCCCAUAGCCAACGUGGGUCGUAUAAUGAAAAAAGCCUUGCCUGCAAACGGGAAAGUUUCUAAAGAUGCCAAGGAAACUGUGCAAGAAUGUGUUUCUGAAUUCAUCAGCUUCAUCACCGGGGAGGCCUCGGAUAAGUGCCAGCGCGAGAAGAGGAAGACGAUCAAUGGCGACGAUUUGCUGUGGGCCAUGAGCACCUUGGGGUUUGAAGAGUACGUAGAGCCCUUGAAGAUUUACCUGCACAAGUACAGAGAGAUGGAGGGAGAGAAGGUGUCUAUGGCCAAGCAGGGUGAUCAUCAGUCCAAGGAUGCCAAUGGCUCUGAAAACCCUAAUCCUAACUCUAACCCUAAUGCUAAUUUUAGCCCCAAUUAUAAUCGCAGUUACAGUAGUGCUUCCCCCAAGGUCCAGGCCGUGCCUCAAUUUAUGCAACAGCAAGCAGUGGCUUAUGGGCAGCCCCCAGGCGGAGUCAUGUAUGCUCAUAUGAUGCCUUAUAAUAUGGCCGCCCCCAAUAGCUCUGGGGGGACUAGUAGCAGUAACACCCCUGGUGGAACGCAGCAGCAGCCGCAUCAGCAUCAACCCCACAGGGGCCAAUGGUAGAAGUCGGGAAAUGGCAGUGUUGUACAUCACCGGUACCUCUGAAGCAGAGAUAAGAAGGUUAAUUUGUGCCGUGUAAAUUAGAACUGCAAGGCCAAACUCCUUCAGUAUUUUUGCCACUAGUUCUACUUUUUCUAGAAGAAUCUGACCUUCAAUGCAAUGGGGAAGUUGCUUUCCUGCUUUUUUGCAACUCUGGUAUGCAUUGGCUAUUGCCUUCUUUUGA